CGACGGAAUAGGAUAUGCAAAUUAAACAUGAAGCGCUAGCGCGAUUCAUGGAUUUGCCGAUCCUAUGUGGGUCUUUGUUACUUUAAAUUUGUCAUUCAAAUACAUCUUAUUUUUCAGAGAAAUGAAGUAUUACAUCCGUAAAGAGAUUAGUUGGCACGCGCAUGAAUAAUAAUGUGGUUUCGAUUGUUUACGGGGAUACUCGUGUAUAGUGCAAACUGGUUGUGAUUAUCAAACAUAAUACAAAAGGAAAAUAAAUCCACAGAUAUUGGAUUAAAAUCGAACUUCACCUGAAUCAUAUGCGAGUGGCGCAUCUGGGACCAUUUUGACACUGAUGUGCAGAAUGACAAGUAUGGACAGAUGUCAGCUGAAACUUGGGAUGCUGGCAUAUUUCAUUUCAUGCUCUACUGGACUUCUCUGGAAUAAAAGUGUUGAAUUUUUCAAAUCGUAUCUAUCAAACAGAACCCAAGUGAAAAAAGAGAGGAACAUCAAAUCUAAAAAGCAAACAUUCAACGGUAUACUUGAGCCUAUGGAUCCCGAUGUUUGCACAACGCAGAAUAUAACGUUUACAAGUACGCUUCUUGAUCAUCCAAAGCUUAACUACUCCAUCGGCUUUGCUGUUAAGAAUCGAAGUACAGAUAGAAAAUACGUGGCAGUGGAACAUGACAGGGUAACAAAGAUCAAUGAGACUGUGUCCGAAUUUACAAUCUACAACAUCUCUUUGGCAACCGAAAUAUUUUACUUAAGUUAUUUUUAUGUUAAAAGUUUCUACUGGCAGGAAUAUGGUGAUUCCGAUAGUAGAUUGCAACUUGGACAUACAACUUCUACACGUGUUUAUCGUAAGUGUAAUUGCAGUUUCUAUAUUUCUGUGCUACUGUCAGCUUCUUUUGUUCAUUGUGAUGCACAAACUGACUUUCCGGAGCAGUGCCAAUAUUACUGGUUGGGAACAGUUUCCGGACAGGACCAGUUUCCGGACACAUGUAAUAUCCGCUUUAUUUCGUUGUUAUUCAUUUUAUCGUUCCAUCUAGAUCGUUUAACUGCUGCACGUGUUUAUCCACUACCUGAGGAGGUGCAACACUUCAAAUGCAUUGUGUUUAAUUACGUGUCAAUGAGGUGCUCUUGGAAGUAUGGGAAAGACUAUGGUAAUGGAGAAAAUAUGCCAGAAGUAAUAUUCCAGUGGAGUUUAGACGGAUAUAAUCGAUCUUUUAUUGACUGUAAAGAUCUUAACUCCGAGGAUGGAUAUUGUGACUGGGAAGAUUGGACGGCAGGAUAUUUCCUGAACGAAAAGAUUACAGUCAGACUUAUAUUAAUACAGCCUUGUGGUAUUAACGCUUCUUCGGAGUUUCAUAUAGACACAGCAAAAAUUGUGAAGCCAAAUCCAGUUUUCGGCGUAUUUCCAAAGGUUAUUAAUAGUACAUGCAUCCAGUUGUCAUGGGAUACAUCUGAUUCGGAGCAACAAUACCCUAAAGAGCAUAGGGUCAUUGUAUCCAGUGAAGGCGUUAAUGUCACAAAAAUGAGGUUUAGCACAACAAAGGACACCGAAAAAUAUCUGCACAAAAAUACCUUCUGCAACCUAAACCCGUAUACAAAUUACACCUUCAGCGUAAGCAUUAGGCCAACAGGUCCAUACUCAGGCUAUUUUAGCGACCCUAGAAGUAUUGUAUCAAGGACAUAUUCAAACGUCCCAAGGAGAAUGCCGCAGAAUGUGAUUGUGUCGGUGGGGUCUAAGGACAAUACACUUGUUGUUACAUGGGAUAAACUGAUAUGUCAGUUAGAUGAGCCCUACAUAGCAGAGUACAGGGUGCAAUAUAAAAAACAGGAUGGUAGUAGCCAUAAAUCUCUCAACAAGACAGAAUCAUUCGAAGCAAGGGCUGUAUUGAUGGACUUGGAGGAAGAUCAAAUAUAUGUUGUUACUGUUAGAGGGGUCACAAGUGAUGGACUCGAAGGUCCAGAGAGUCAACCAAAGACAGGCAUUCCAGUAAAUAAAAGUUUAAAGUCUGUAGAAAUAACAGGGAUAUCCAUAGCUGUCCUGGUGUCUGUAAUAUUUUCGGGAGUUGGAAUUUUCUGUGCAGUGAGGAAAUGUAAAAUAAAAGCACAGGAAGUAAUUAAACAAGCUGGAUAUAUUACCAUACCUGAUGCUCCUGAUCAAGACAUGUACUCUUCCCGUGAACGUCGAAACAGUAAUGACAGUGAAUGUUACGCAACAAGAACAUUUGCAAGAAGUAGGAACGGAAUAGAAUUAAGCAGCCAAACAUCUCUUCUGCAAUAUGAUUAUGACGGUUCACCUGUAGUCAACGGUGAACAAGAAGGUACGGCUACUGCAAGGUACGCAUUUGAACCAGAACUGACGCGUCUAAUAUCUGAUCGAACGGAUACAUCAGGCCCUCAAGCAGAACUAUUUUGUGGAACAUCACAAACUACAAGGGAAUCAACAAUAAAGCUACCUAAGAAUGUUGAAUACAGUAAGAAAGUUGUAAGUGACAUUUCCCUUUCUGGUAAAGUAAACCCAGUCACCAUGGAUUCUUUUAAAGACAGAAAUAUUGAUCAUAUAAUGCACAAGAAAACUAAAGGAAUUCAUCUAAUCGAUGUUAACGAGACAAAAGUAACGCCCUGUGACAGUAAAGUCACACGUCGUUUACACGAAUCACAUCUGGCUAAACCCUAUACAUUGUUCCCUUUAAGCAAUACCCCGUCAACUAUCAAUAGCCCCUUUCCAAAUGAAAGUACUGAAUCCUCUAUCGGUGUUGAAGCUGAAUGUCCGUUUGCGCAUGUGGAAAGAAAUUGUCAGCAAUGCAUGGUAAUUCCUUCAUCCACAGUGGUCUCUCAUUAUAAGUACUGUUUGACUGAGAGAAGUAACUCCGUAUCCGAAUCCCCAGUAAGUUCUACUACAAAUAACUUACAUGAAAGUAAAAAUAUUAAAGGUUCAAGUUAUGUAACAACUACGGAUGCAACUCACUUAUUUCUAGAACGUUCACGUGUAUCCAUUAAAUUCAUGCGAGUCCAGUCAGUCACAAGCGGAAAUGCAGAUGCCUUUAGUUGCAGUAAACAGUCAAAAUUUCCAGACACAUAUCCAGAAAAUGCUAUCACAUUCCAUUCAAAAUCAGCUAUUACACAAAAUCCAGAUAUUUUCGUCGAAGAUGAGAGAUCUAUGAAAGUCCCUGGUUCUAAUAGUAUAGAGCCGUUAUUACUGACCUUGUCUCCUACUGCUUUGCAUAAAACAUCUGAUUCUCCUCAAAACGUCAGUGGUCGUCAUGAUCAGUAUUUCACUCGAACAUCUUUGGGAGCCCACACCACUGUCAUUGAAAAUACCAUUCUCUCAAACAAAAGUCAGCAAUUCGUACAUUUCUGUUCAAACCAGACUUCUUCUAGAGCCGCUCAGAAUCAAGACGCCAUGUCUGUCUUUACUUUUGAACAUGGUACAUCCUCUAACAUUGUUAGAAAUUCCAAAAGUACAAACUGCUAUAUUCCCCAAUCUAACGCCGUUCAAGCCUUUGAUUCCAUUAAAAUCAAUGGUUAUGUGCCCCAUGCCAAUACAAUUUCAGAUUUUGUGCCUUGUUGCGAUCUUGCGUGUAUUCCGAAUGGUGUAAUGGGAAAUUUUUCAGGCCAUGAAAGCAGUUCCUCUGAUUCAAAGUUAACACCAAUAAAUUGUGCAAGUAAUAAAACUGUGGAUCCGGGUUAUGUUUUCUCAACAGAAGUCAACGAUAGUUGUCAAUGAAUGGAAUUCACGUUUCAGUCAUAUUUAAAGUGUGAAACUGUAUAUAAUCAAUUACAAUGGUGCAAGUCAGAAAGAUACUGAUUAGUAUUUCCUAGUAACACUUAUGAACUUCGUCUACCGAUCCAUAUAUGCGUAUGAGUAAUGGAAAUCACAAUCAAAACUGUUAAGGACAUUCUCGACGGGUUUACCCGCUACCAAAGUAAUAAGUAUACUACUGACAAUCAUGGAAUCUUUAUAAUUUUCCUAAUCACAUUAAAAAGAUGUUCAUGCGCUGCACAAAAUAGUUCCAUUCAUGAACAUCGCAUAUGAAUAAUCAAUGACCAAGCAGUCCUUAUUUAACCUGUUUCCGUUCACACUGACCGAUUAGAUUAUAAAAAAUAUAUCAGUGAUAAGGUAUUCAAGCCCAUGGCUACAUCACUGCUUUCCAGCUGACCAUUUAGAUAACUUCAAGUGAGGUCAAGUAGAGUUUAUCUUAGAUUUGAGGCAUUUUUGUAUUUGUGUCUUAGACAUGUAUCUUAAUAGUUUGGAAUUUGGUUUGUUACAAAAUAGCGUGUUACAAAUAGAUCAGAAGUAUACUAUUAAUAGCGCAGUUAUAAGUGAGAUAUUUAUAAAGUAAAAGUGGUGAACGUUAAUAUUUCACAGUGAUUUUUUUUUAUUUGCAGGCAAAAUGUACAUUGUUUUUAAUUCAUAAAGUUACAUUUUGUACAGCUGACGUAACAUUUUUAACAGACAAAAUGAAAAUUGAAAAUUCAGGUGUUCUCUGUUCUAGCUGUUAGGUACACAGUAAUUGCAAUAAAACAGAAAAUAAAUCUACCAAAACCUGCCCUCACCAGACGUCUCAAGACUUUGAUUACAUUUGUUUGUCUCUCCUAUGCAUGUAUCUUCUUAAAUAUAACUUGACAUGUUUCCGAAUGAUACAUUUAUUGUAAGUAAUUAUUCUAUACUAUACUUACAGGUAAAAAAAUAAAAUCAUACGCUGGUUCUGCUGACGGAUUUUAAAAAUAUCCAUUAGUAUAUUAAGACGUUGCUUUUGAAAUGGGACAGUUGGCUCUGAUCUAUAACACCAAAGGUCUGAUUUGUCCGACAUAAUAGUCCUAUGUUUUCAUGAUAUUGUUAAUUAUAUAUUUAUAAUUGUUUGUCACCAUGCGUUGUUUGCUCCAAUAAUUAUCAGUUAUUGUUAAAUAUACAUUAGAAACUUGUUGGUUACAUCCUUAUACAUUUUUUUCUACAGUCGAUGCAAUUUUCUGCUUAAAUAACUUAAUACAAAAUAUGCUUAAUGCUGGUAAACGAUUAUAUGUAGCUAUGCUGGAUAUGAAAAAAGUCUUCGAUUCAAUUGAUAGAAAGGCAUUAUGGUACAAACUUUAUAAAACAGGCAAUUCAGGAAAAAUUCUGAAAAUAAUCAGAUCUAUGUAUGAAUUGGUAAGAUGUAAAGUUAAACAUUGUUCAGAAUUGUCAGACUUUAUCAAUGUAGCGGUCGGAUUGAAGCAGGGAGAUAUAUGUUCGCCUUUGUUCUAUUCUCUAUUUAUAGAAGACUUAGAAUUAGAUUUACAAAUUAGUCUUAACUCAAGUUUUAAUAUUAAUGAGGUGAUGUUAAUAUUGUUGAUGUACGCCGAUGUUAUGGCACUAUUAGCAGAGACUGCGGAAGAUCUACAGUGUAGUUUGAACUCUUUGAAAGAAUAUUGUGAUAAUUGGGAAUUAACGGUUAAUGAAGAAAAAACUGAAAUUCUGAGGCCGUACAAAAGUAAACGAGAAAUGGUUUUAUGAUAAUACAUCUAUAGAAAUGGUAGAAAAGUUUAACUAUUUAGGCGUCGUGUUUAGCUCUUCAGGAACUUUCAGUGUCAACCAGAAUAUGCUCGUGUGUGGAAAUUUAUUGAACUAUUGAACUCAACAGAUAUAAAAACUUUAAACAACUUAGCAGCCUUUAUCAAAAAUGCCUUAAAUAUACGAUCUGCCACUAUUAAUAAUAUUUUAUGAUUAUGAGAUAGAUAUAUGUUUACUAUGUUUUAUUUUAAUGUGUAUUAUAUAUUUUGGUACUUCUACAAAAAAUGUUUUAUGAAAAUGUAUUAUGCUAUGUGCAUUGAUGUAGCCAACCAUAUUAUUUUAAUAUUAUUUUUGUUCAUCCUCAAUACUAUACUUAAUAACACUAAACCUCCAGAACGUUACAUGAUAUUAUGUAUAUAUGUUUUUUUGACCUAUUAAUAAUAUUUUAUGAUUACGAGAUAGAAAUUAUGUUUACUAUGUUUUAUUUUAAUGUGUAUUAUAUAUUUUGGUACUUCUACAAAAAAUGUUUUAUGAAAAUGUAUUAUGCUAUGUGCAUUGAUGUAGCCAACAAUAUUAUUUUAAUAUUAUUUUUGUUCAUCCUCAAUACUAUACUUAAUAACACUAUACCUUCAGAACGUUACAUGAUAUUAUGUAUAUAUGUUUUUUAACCUUGUAUUAGAUUGUAACAGAUUAGUGGACGAGGAACCAUAAUGGCUCAAGUCCUUAAAUUGUGAAAUAAACUAUUCUUCUUCUUCAUUUUUUUAUGUUCGCUAUUCUGGUGAUAGUGUAAUGUAUUUUUCAGAACUCGGACAUGAAAAUGUGUAUGUUACAUCUGAUAUUUUGCCACAAGCGUGCUGGCUGUAACCGUUUUAUUUUAUUACAUAGAAAAAAGGGGAAAUGGGGACAUUUGGGACUGUUCCUUAUAUUAACCGAAAAUUCGUUAGAACCGUGUUCAUUAUAAGUGAAGUACACUGUAUUCCACUUCAGCGUUUUUGAAUGAACACUGGAAAACAUAAUGAUUUUUCAUUAUUUUGAAUUGAGUAAUAUGUUAUAACAAUGUAAUGUCACUGAUAUAACUCUAUCGGCAUAUAAAUAUUGCUUUUCAUAUUUUUAGUAAGAGUUAGGUCAUUUUAAUUAAACAUGAAAAAGAAAGCGUGUUUUAAACCAACAGUAUUACCAAUAAAUGAUUAAACUUAAUUUUAUUGUAUGCAAAAACUAGAAUGUGAUAAAUCUUCAUUUUUUUUCACGCAGACAGUUUAUGUGCUUUUAUCAAUUAAAAACAGAAAAAGAAGAACUGUUCAAGUUAAGUUUUGAUAGAAGAGAGGUAAAAAGAGGAAGGUAGAUAACGUGUUUUAAACAAGCAUUAUGAAAAGAAAUGUUAAUAUCUAGUUACUCAUCGCAAAUAAAUAUUGAACAAAUGAUACAUAGUUAUAAAUGUCUUUCUCUAGAUAUUUUGAUAUUAUUUUUGUUCAUCCUCAAUACUAUACUUAAUAACACUAAACCUCCAGAACGUUACAUGAUAUUAUGUAUAUAUGUUUUUUUGACCUAUUAAUAAUAUUUUAUGAUUACGAGAUAGAAAUUAUGUUUACUAUGUUUUAUUUUAAUGUGUAUUAUAUAUUUUGGUACUUCUACAAAAAAUGUUUUAUGAAAAUGUAUUAUGCUAUGUGCAUUGAUGUAGCCAACAAUAUUAUUUUAAUAUUAUUUUUGUUCAUCCUCAAUACUAUACUUAAUAACACUAUACCUUCAGAACGUUACAUGAUAUUAUGUAUAUAUGUUUUUUAACCUUGUAUUAGAUUGUAACAGAUUAGUGGACGAGGAACCAUAAUGGCUCAAGUCCUUAAUUUGUGAAAUAAACUAUUUUUCUUCUUCAUUUUUUAUGUUCGCUAUUCUGGUGAUAGUAUAAUGUAUUUUUCAGAACUCGGACAUGAAAUUGUGUAUGUUACAUCUGAUAUUUUGCUACAAGCGUGCUCGCUGUAACCGUUUUAUUUUAUUACAUAGAAAAAAGGGGAAAUGGGGACAUUUGGAACUGUUCCUUAUAUUAACCGAAAAUUCGUUAGAACCGUGUUCAUUAUAAGUGAAGUACACUGUAUUCUACUUCAGCGUUUUUGAAUGAACACUGGAAAACACAAUGAUUUUUCAUUAUUUUGAAUUGAGUAAUAUGUAAUAACAAUGUAAUGUCACUGAUAUAACUCUAUCGGCAUAUAAAUAUUGCUUUUCAUAUUUUUUGUAAGAGUUAGAUCACUUUAAUUAAACAUGAAAAAAGCGUGUUUAAACCAACAGUAUUACCAAUAAAUGAUGAAACUUUAUUUUAUUGUAUGCAAACACUUGAAUGUGAUAAAUCUUCAUUUUUUCACGCAGACAGUUUAUGUGCUUUUAUCAGUUAAAAACAGAAAAAGAAGAACUAUUCAAGUUAAGUUUUGAUAGAAGAGAGGUAAAAAGAGGAAUGUAGAUAACGUGUUUUAAACAAGCAUUAUGAAAAAAAUGUUAAUAUCUAGUUACUCAUCGCAAAUAAAUAUUGAACAAAUGAUACAUAGUUAUAGAUCUCUUUGCCUAGAUAUUUACUGACGGUUUCCUUCCACCAUUAGCAUUUCAUAGUAAAAACAAGAUUGUCAAUUGAGCCAUUAAUUAGAUAUAGCUUAAGGCAAUUUAAAUAUCGAUUUUAUUGAAAACAUGGUUUAUGACCCCAUGCUAAAUUUCGGAGAUUAACGUGAAUUUACGGAAGAUAAUGAUCAAAGCUACAAGAUUAUCGAUUUUUCAAAUAAGGCUUGUCAUUAGUCGCGUUUAGUACAGCGGUAAAUAUGACAGGACUUUUCAAACUGUUUUAAAUUUAAAUAAUGGACACUUGUACGCUAGUGACAAAGGAACUCGUUUUGAAUAACAUUUAUAGAAGCAUGCUUGAAUAUUAUUUAUAUGUGAUUUUGGUUGUUGUGGUAGGAGAGAGAGAAAGAGAGAGAGAGAGCUGUGCGCUUUCGAGGGCGCCAGAAAAGAUGUUUCUGUUUACAGUUGCUUGGAGUGCCGUUCUACUAUUUAUUCACUAUGUCAUGAUAUCUAAAGUUCAUUUUGUAAUUUCAUUGAUUUGCUUGAUAAUAGAUAUUUUUGUUUAAUGAUUUUAGUGAUAUCAUAAAAAUGAUGUGAUGAUAUCAAUGAUGUCGGUGAUACUUUUUGAUAUCACUGAAUAUAUCAUAAUAUACAUUUAGAAGUAUCUGAAAAUCUACCAUUAGAUGUGUUAAAAUCAGCUUUCAUAUUUCAUGAUAAUUAUCAUAAAUUCAAUUAAGUAUGUCCUUUACUUUUAUGAUACACAGACCUCAUUUCUCAUAUCACAAAAUGAAUGUAAGAAUUCAUGACAGAGAAUUAAGGAUAUCGUUAAUUGUUAAAUAGACAGAUUUUGUAACACAUGUAUCAUAAACUCGAUUUUUGGUGACACUAAAUAAAUUUCAGAUAUCUUGAA